GAAGUAUAAAAGGAAGCAUUUCGUAUCUCUCGUGCGAAAGUAGUCGUCGGUUUGGUGCGAAAACACCAGUUUUGCCGGCAAGAAGGCUGAUUGGCAGGGUGGGUAUCGCGCGCUAGAAGAGUAGAUCGGCGGAAAACACGACGAGAAGAGCGAUCGCCGCGGUGGGGCGUGGCGCGAAAGUAUUAUUCACCCACAAACCUUGAGAGUUGGACAUACGAUACUUUCUGCUGGCUGUCGCCGGUAAUUUCCAGUUUCCGGAGAUUGGAUCGCUCCAUCUCAUUCGGUGUUACCCACCAGGUGUUUGUUGUUUUGCUUGUGUGAGUUCGUAUUGUUCUUCCUUCCUUCGCUACUAAAUGGAUGAAUCGGCCUGGGAUGGAACUUUGUCCGCGAGCGAGUUCUCAGCAUCUGCUCAAGCUUUUGCUGAGAAAUGGAAGCUCAAUAACCCAGCUUACCCUCCAUGGACAUGGGUCAAAUCCCUCAAAGUUCCCAUCUUUGCUACUAUUAAAGUUGAGGAAGGCUACCUCUCGUUGGAGAACGUUUGCAUCGUGAAGUCGAAUGAUGAUGAAGUUGCGUCUUGUGUGGAAGGCGAAGCAAGCUUAUGUGAUAAAGAGGAUGAGGAAUCAACCGACAGUGCUACACUGGUUCAAACGAGUAGUGGUAAUGAUAAUGCUCAACCCUACUAUUUUGAUUUCCACAUAAUCUACAGUGCAUCAUUCAGGGUUCCAGUGCUAUAUUUCCGGGCAUAUUGCAGCGAUGGAAGAAGCUUGGGGUUGAACGAAAUUGAGUCGGUACUUCCAGCCAACUCUGCCAAGGUCUUGCUGGAAUCAAAGUGGACUUUCAUAACUCAAGAGGAGCAUCCGUACCUGAACAGACCCUGGUGCAAAUUACAUCCUUGCGGGAGCAGUGAUUGGAUGAAAUUGCUAUUCCAGGCUGUCGAGCAAGCAAUGGAGCUAUAUCUCGUCUCAUGGUUUUCAGUUGUCGGUCCUGUAAUUGGCCUCAGCAUCCCGAUUCAGAUGCUUAAGGAGCCAUAGUCCCACAAACAGAUGUAAUUUGGAACAUAAUGUUACCGUUUGUUCAUUCACAAUUAAACUUAGUAAGUAUCUUUACUGGUGUAAUGCUACAUAUGAAAAUUGAGUAGAAGAGAGGGCUGCCUAUAAGAGUUCUUCUCCAGUUCCAACUGCUGGAUUGCUUCUUUCGUUCACUCGAAUGAAGUAGACCAGAAACUCUAUGUUUCCCUCUGCACCCUUGAUAGGAGACUCGAUCCAUCCAUUUUUCCUGAAGCCAAAACUCUCCACGCCAUUUAUAAUCUUCUCAAGAACCUAUAUGCAAACAAUGAAGCCAAUGUCAUAUCAAGCAGUGUCGCAAUACAUUCGGCGAAACCAGGUUUCUGCAUUCUCAUGAACUGGGAAGAAGAAUUGCAGCAUACCUCUUGAUGGACUUUUGGGUCUCUUACAAUCCCUCCACCUCCCACCUACCAAGAUACAUAAUUUCUCUUAUAAUUUGUCAGUUGGAACUAAUGAUACACAACUUCUGUUUGGUAUAUCAUACCAUCUACAACAGAAGACUGACAUCCAAAUCGAAAAGAAAUUGGAAGUAGUGCU